UGACCUUGACGCCUCCAGGAACUUCAUUCAUAUAUUCUAGCAAAAACAGAUCGACGUGAGCUUCUCUUCUCUCUCUCUCUCUUUUAACAUCGUGUUCCUUCUGUGUCCACAAAUUUCCUGGCAACUUUCCUAUCAACAUUAAGCAUAUGGACCUCUCUCUCUCUCUCUCUCUCUCUCUCUCUCUAAUUUGCCUAUAUAUUCCCCUUCUCUUGAGGGGUUUUCUCUCAUUCACUUGACCACGUUCUUUUGAGACACAAAACCUUAAUUUCCAGCCCAAUUAUAUUGCUUCUACAAUGGACUCAAAGUACUGCCUGCACACCUCUCUCGACCUCAAUCUUAAUUCCUUCCCUCACAUGAAUGAGGAAGCUGCUCCGAGAGAGUUUGUGGGAGAUUUUGCUCAUCAGAUUGAUGAUGAGAAAGCAGCGGUUAAAGAAGAGAGGAGAGACUUUGUGGGAGAUUUCGAUCAGGUUGAUGAUGGGGAAGCACAUGUUAAAGAAGAGGCUGGCCUAGCAGGGGAAUUGGAUCGGGUGAGCUCCGAGAACAAGAAGCUGACGAAAAUGUUAGCUCACUUGUUUGAGAAUUACAAUACUUUGCAAACCCAUUUGAUGGAUCUAAAGAACUCCCAAAAAGAAAUUAUUAAUUCGAAGAAGAGAAAGGCUGAGAGUGAGUACUACGGGAAUUUGAUUGGAAUCAAUGGAAAUACUGACUGCAGCUCCAGUGAUGAAGAGUCAUGUAAAAGACCAAAGGAAAACAUCAAGACAAAGGCUUCAAGAGUUUGUGUACGGACUGAUGCAUCAGAUAAGAGCCUAACUGUGAAGGACGGAUAUCACUGGAGAAAAUAUGGUCAGAAGGUCACUAGAGACAACCCAUCUCCUAGAGCUUAUUUUAGGUGCUCUUUUGCACCCAGCUGCCCAGUCAAGAAGAAGGUGCAAAGAAGUGCUGAAGAUCCAUCUAUCCUGGUAGCUAUCUAUGAAGGAGAGCACAACCACAUGAACCCUUCUUGUCAAACUGAAAUAUCAUUAGGGUCGAGCCAAUGUGCAAACCUUGGUUCUGUUCACAUAUCAUCAUCCAUGAGAUCUUCAUCUCCUACAGUGACUCUUGAUUUGAUCCAACCUGGCUUGUGCGGUGCCAAGAACUCUAUCCCAGAAGUUGAAUCGCCGCCCCUCCAACAGUUCUUGGUCCAGCAAAUGGCUUCUUCCUUGACAAGAGAUCCCAAUUUCACUGCCGCACUUGCCGCAGCCAUUUCAGGAAGAAUUUAUGACUCCACUACGCUCUGAAUUGAAAAUUUGUGUUGUCUUGGAAACAUUGGGGAGUUUAGCUAUAUAUAUUGUAAAUUGAAGUUAGAAAGUAGUGGAGAGAGAGAGAGAGAAAAUCUUUAAUGGUUUUAUUUUGAUCAGAUAAAGUUUUUCGCCAAACUGGUCAGAGGAAUUUCCAACAAACCCAGUUUAGCUAGAAGAAAACUUUGUCGUUCAUUUUGUGGGAUUUGAUUAUUAGUAGUCCUUAAUUAUCAAAAAUUUGACGGGGAGUGAAGCAUUUGUCACAACCAAAAGCAA